AUGUCGAAACGGCCCAGGAACACCAAGGCUUUGGUACAGCUCUACGAGCGAGUGUUUGUCUGUCCCUCAUGUGCGCAGCUGCGUAAUGGAAUCCGGUCGCACCCACGAUCUCCCCGCCACCACCGAUCAGCCUCUACGCUGAGCUCGAAUACCGCUGUCAAUGCUUCACGGAGCGUCCCCGACAAAUACAAAACGCUUUACACUGCGCUAAGCGAUCUACGACGUGGUGCGUCCGUCCAUCUUAGCCUUGGCCGCUUGCAGCUUGCACUUCAAGGUCUCGAAACCACCACACCCAAGAUCCGCGUGGCCGUAUUGGGCUUGAACGCACAAGACACAGCUAGAAGGAUCGUGAGGCUUCUACUUGCGGAUCCGUUGGAUCAAGAGGCAAGAUGGGAGAAAGAGUUGGCUGGUAAUAGUGAGAGCUACGAACAUGGUGUGGUGAUUCGCUUCGGCCAAUCUGCGAAUCCCAAUGUCCCUCAAUCACGGUCUACAAUACCUACGCUCGACAUACCGUCAUCUUUGCUGGAGCGCAACAAUCUCGAGAUCCUCGUGUCGUCCGUCAACCGACCCUCGGCUACACAGGCACAGCGCACUCCCAUCGAAGCAUUCCUCGCACCUGCAGUGGGAACGCCCACAGCCUAUAGCGGCAGACAAACAAUGAUCAGCCAGCCUGUCCACCGAGCUCUCGUUGUAGCGAAAGGGCUCGAAGAGCUCUUUCAAGUGGCGGAGCUGUUGGCAUCAGUCGAAUUCGUCACAGAAGAAGAUAGACAGUCUAUUGCAAUCGCUAUGCAAAAUGCGGAUAUCGCUGCCGAUGGCCAAAUACUGACUGUCGAUGCAGGCAGGGCAGAGCGAGGCAUCGACGCGAUCCGCCAAUCCCUAGCCGAGGCUACGACAUACGAACACCUCUGGGUUGAUUCAGGCAUGCCGAACCUGUCCAAAUGGCUUGCUCGGACGUCCAACACCGAUGGUACGAUGCCGUCGCAGAUCUCGUCCUUAAUCUCCUCGAUCCUCCAGUCUGUUUCGAGGAGUCUUGAGUUCCAAGCCCAACGACAAACAAAUGCUCAAGAUCUCGACCUAGCGACCCUUACCAAUCUAGGAUCCACGAUUGACGAAUUCUCCCGUAACGCCCAUCAAGAGCUACAGUCUGGCUUGGCUUCAGCCUGGUCCUCACGCAACUGGCGCAAGCUAGCCUGGUAUAAACUCUUCUGGCGUGUGGACGACGUCGGUCUAAUCGUAACUGAUCUCAUCACCAACGCAUGGCUGCCUCGCACGGAGAAGGCAGUCUAUGAGCUUUCUGGACGCCUCGCACAAGCUGGGAUCUCUCCUAUGGAUGUUACCUUCACACCUCGCGAACUUAUAGAAAAGACGGCCGAAGAGCAUAGCUCCCCAGCAACACAGCCUUUGCCCAUUCUCCAGGCGCAAACGGCCUCGACUUCGGAAGUCACCGAACCAGUGAUCACAAAUCAGGCUGGCGCUGCAAGUGUUGUGCUACAGCCUGUACCGGAACCCACUCCCCUAUCCGUGUCAAUAUCUGCCAGGCGGACAACACAGAUCACACGAGCCAUUGAGUCGCUUACUACACAAGCCCAGCAGCUCGUUCUCCGGACGAUGUCCAUCACAGGUCUUUCUGCCGGCCUUUCUGGUCUGACCUACUUGUCCAUCACGCCAGGCAGCUUAUACGAGGCUGGCACCAUUGUUGCUGUGGGCACGACCUUCGCCUUGUGGCGUAUGCAGGGCGGCUGGCAAAGUGCCACGAAGCGGAUGGAAAACGAGCUCUUUGACGAAGGGCGCAGUGAGAUUAGGAGGAUUGUCGGCCGGAUGAGACAACUGGUUGAGGAGAGGGCGCGACCAAGGGUUGAUCAGGCAGAGGAGCAGAGAUGGCGGUCGGCGUGGGCCAGUGUGCGGAAAGCAAGAGCCGAACUGGACAAGCUCGUCAACAGUGAGCCGAAAGAGCAGAAGUGA